ACUAAAUCAAGCUGGUAAUACACAUCCAAUUCUCGAAUUCUUGUUCUUAAUUUCGUUCUUACGAUCCGCUCUGUAAACCGGAUCAUUUGGUGGAUUUAUUGUCCAUCAAAUUGGUGCUCUCGUUGAGAGUUCGAGAAUCAUACUCAGAAGAAAUCCUCCACAACGACGAUGGUGCAAACACGUAGCAACGCCAACGUAGGUACCAGAGUUCCCCAACAGGGGGAGAACAGCGCCACCGGAGGCCGGCACCCCCCCAUCACCACCGGGGAGGCUGAGGCCCUCAUUCAGAGGGUUGGGAUCACGGCCGAACAAUUCAAGGAGGUGCUGGCCGCACUUGCGCCCAACCGCGAGGUUGUGGUAGGAGAUGUGGCUGGGGGACCCACAGGCGAGAAGGCUGGACCUGCAGGCUCCCAAGGAAAAAAGAAAAAAGUGAGGCGGUCCCAAAAGAAGAAGGCGACCAAGCCUAAUGGGAAGGCUAUGAUGGCAGAUGCGCUUUCCAGGCUGGAAGAAGAGGACGAGUCGUCCUCCUUCGAGCGGAUGUCUGCUUUUGACCGUUUGGGAGACCCCAAGUCGAAGAAACCUCGGACCUCUGCGUUCAAAAGGCUGCAGGACACUCGGUCGGCCCGAAAAGGCGACUUGAGAGACACGCUCAAGGAGAAGAGAGGGGAGUCCACAGCGACCUCCAAGGUCGGUUCUGAGGAGCGACGGACGACAGUCGGGGAUAAGGGCGCAGCCGAGCUGUGGAAAAUGUACGAACAACUGGAGAGGCGGCUGGAUGCCCAGAACCCCUAUCGCCAGGCGGUCUUCAGUGAGGUAACGCCCUUCUCCAGAAGGAUAAUGUCCUGCCCUCUCCCAGAUAAUUUCAAGACUCCCCAGAUCAAGGCAUACAACGGGACGACCGAUCCCCAAGACCACCUCGCUCGCUUCGGGGCCAACGUGGUCAACAUGCGUAUAGAUAAGUGGGGCGACCUGGCCCACAAGUUCUUGGAGCACUUCGCAUCCAGCCGGAGACAAAAGCUCCCCUUCUCGCAUUUGCUCAAUGUGAAGAUCCGGAAAGGGGAAAAGCUCCGGGAGUUCAUUAAUAGGUGGGAGAAUGAGGCUAGGGAUGUCCAAGGGGCGGACGACCAAGCCCUGAUCGCCAUGCUCCAAGCUGCACUCCCCCAAGGGGAUGUGCGUAAGGAGCUGCGACGGAAUCCUCUCUCGACCUAUCAAGAGAUGUUGGCCAGGGCGAAGUACUUGGCGCUGGAAGAGGAAGAUGAUGAGCCACCAGUCCGGAAGGAGAAGAAAAGCGGGCCACCGGUGGCAGAAGGAAAGAAAAGGAAGGAUUAUGGUAAGGGACCGAACCCCACCGGGUAUCAUGCGAACAGGCAUCCCGUUCACGCGGUACAGUUGUUGCCGGCCCUUCCUCAUGGUCGGGAAAGCUAUGGUGUGCAAGAUGCACCCAAAUACUGCGAGUACCACCGUAACAGCACCCAUAACACGUCGGAGUGCGUUACGCUGAAGAAGGAGAUGGAUCAGCUGAUCGCUAGAGGGCCACCUCCUCGGUCAGAGCGACCGUCCACAGGUAACCGGACCUGGAGGAGGUCGCCAGCCCCCACGGCAGCGAUCACAGCAGGAGAGGGGCAAGAAGAUGGACGGCGGCACCUAGGGCGAGAUUGUGAUGACCUAGAUGAGGAGGAUAGGCAAGGUCGCCGACACCUGGGGUGUCGGUUCAUCAUGGGAGGAAACACUGGAGGAGAUUCGGUAUCCUCCCGGAAGAAAUGGAAGAACAUGGUGUACCUGGCCGAGGUACAAAGGCCACCGCUGCCUAAGCGAAAGAAGAAGGAACCUCUGAUCUUUACAGACGAGGAUUAUCCCCCAGUCCUCAGCCCUCACAGGGACGCUCUGGUGAUAAGAGUGGAGAUCAAUAAUGUGGUUGUUCACCGAACCUUGGUCGAUACGGGUAGCUCGGUCAACAUAAUGUACAGCAACACCUUUAAGGAGUUGGGAUUGUCCCGAAGGGACCUGAAACCAAUCCAUACGCCGCUGUCAGGAUUUACAGGGGAUACUAUCGAAGCAGAAGGAACUAUCACGGUAAAGGCCGGGGUAGGAGAUGGCACCCACCGACUCUGGGUCGACAUGGAAUUUAUGGUAGUACAGCUCGACUCUGCACACCAUCUGAUUCUGGGACGACCAGGGUUGGAGGACCUGGAGUGCGUAAUCUCCCCCGUCCACUUAUGCCUAAAGUUCAACACACCCACAGGGGUGGGAGUAGCAAAGGGGAACCAGAGCCUGUCACGGUCGUGCUACGUCGGGGCGACCAAAAGCCAAGCCCGAGUCGAUGAGAAUGUGAGCACGAUCUGUGCGGCGAUCCAGAAGAAGGAGGGGCGACCCCGAGCUGAGCCGGCGGAAGAGGUCGAGGAAGUUUCUUUGGACCCGGUUGAGCCAGAGCGGAAGGUGAAGGUAGGCAAAACCUUACCGCUUGAAUUAAAGGAGCAGUUAUUGGAGGUCCUCCGAGCAUUCAAGGUGCUAUUCGCUUGGGGACCAGAGGAUAUGCCAGGGGUCGACCCAAAAAUCAUCUACCAUAGAUUGGCAGUGGAUCCGACCCACAAGCCGGUCAAACAGAAGAAGCGUUUCCUUUCCUCAGAACGGAGAGAGUUUGUCACCAAGCAGGUGACCACCCUGCAAUCCAUUGGGCACAUCUGGGAAGUCCGCUACCCGGAAUGGGAGGAGGAGGGCGCACAGCGACCUGUGUACUAUGUGGCCCGAGUGCUGCGAGGGGCGGAGUUGAGAUAUACCAACAUGGAGAAGACCAUCUUUGUGGUGGUGUGUACGGUGAAAAAGCUCACCCCAUAUUUUCAAGCCCAUCCGGUCCAUGUGUUAUCACAAAUUCCCAUCGGAACACUUCUUCGAAGCCCAAAUGCCCCGUCAUGGGUCAGCAAGUGGGGGGUGUUCCUGGGAUCCUUUCAAAUAGAGUUCAAGCCGCGACCGGCGAUAAAGGGGCAGACAUUAGCAGAUUUCGUGGUAGAAUGCACUGCGAGAGAGGUAGAAUCUAGUGGAAAAGAACCCGAGGGGAAUUGGUGGACCGUGUACACCGAUGGGUCGUCCGCGACUGAUGCUUCGGGGGGAGGUGUCGUGGCGAUAUCUCCGGAAGGGUUCAAGGCAUACUACUCCGUGAGAUUCCGGUUUAAAGUCUCGAACAAUGAGGCUGAAUAUGAGGCACUGCUUUGCGGCUUGAGGUUGGCAGCCUCAUUAAAAGCUGAGCGAAUCCAAGUCCGGUGCGAUUCCAAGCUAGUGGUAGGCCACGCCACUGGAGAAUUUGAGGCCAAGGAUGAACGAAUGAAGAAGUUUAGAGACACUGCCAUGGAGUUGCUUAAGGCAUUCGGGGCGUACCGGAUAGAGCAGGUUCCUCGGGAAGAGAACGCUGAGGCAGAUAUUUUGUCAAAGCUCAGUCCGGAUUCCCCGGAUCAUAUUAAGGCAAUGACCCAGGAAGAAGAGUUGCUCGAGCCAAGCAUCGGUCCCGGACAAGUGCUGAUCAUCACACUCAAAGAGGAGCCGGAUUGGAUUGAUGAGAUUACCAUGUACAUCCUUGACGGGUCGCUACCUAUCAACCCAAUCGCGGCAAAGGUGGUGAAGCGACGUGCACCCAACUACACGCUGGAGUGCGGUCGUCUGUAUAAGCGAUCGUACAAUGGGAGCCUUCACGAUGUCCCGGAAGGUGACCCUACAAGGAUACUUUUGGCCAACGAUUAUCAGAGAUUGCGCAGAGUACGUGCGCAAAUGCAAGGUUUGCCAGGAAUUCCAGAGGAUGCCAGGGCGACCGGCGACGAAUUAUACCCCGAUAAGCACAGCGAUUCCUUUUGCCAGGUGGGGCAUCGAUCUGGUCGGUAUUUUGCCUCGGGGGACAGGGAACAACACAUACCUGGUGGUCGCGAUUGACUACUUCACCAAGUGGGUCGAAGCCGCCCCCGUGCCAACCAUCACUGCGGAACAGAUGACGAAGUUCGUUUCCAAGCAAAUCUUGUGCCGAUUUGGGGUGCCCCAGCAGAUCAUCACUGACAACGGAACCCAAUUCGAGGCCGGAGGGUUCAAUGAGUUUCUACAGAGCUGGGGCAUAAAACACAGCUAUGCAG